CCCCUGCGGCACGGCCCGAUGCGCAGCCCCGGCUCCUCGCUCCCUGCUCUGCUGCUCGCUGUCGUUGCUGCCAUUGCCCCAUGUUCGGGUCCCGCCGCGCCGGGCUGGUGCGGCGGCUGUGGCGGCAGCGCUGCGUGGCCAGCCCCGACGACAGCCCCGGCGCCCUCAAACCAGCAGCUCACGCGCUCUUCAAGAAGCUGAAGGACGAGGAGCUGGAGCUGCUGGUGCAGGCGGUGGAGAGCCGAGGUGCCUGCGAGGCCGGCUGCGUCUGGGCACCCCGGGGGGAGCUGCGGGGGGCCAAGCAGGGGCUGGCUCCCCAGGUCCUGCUGUGCCGCCUCUACCGCUGGCCCGACCUCCGCCAGCCCCAUGAGCUCAAGCACCUCUGCUACUGUGCGGGGGGCCGGGGGGGCUGCGGGGACACGGCUGCGCUCUGCUGCAACCCCCACCACUUCAGCCGCCUUGCUGCACCCGAGACGCCACCACCCCCAUACUCGAAGGCACCCUGGGGUCCUUCCUGGCCAGAUGAGCCCCAGCACCCUGGCACCCAGCUCCUGGAGUUCAGCUACAACAGUGGGGACUGGCGUGACACCAGCCCCUCACGGAGCACAGUUAAGGAUGGCUACUGGUGCAAACUGGCUUACUGGGAGCACCGGACGCGUGUGGGCCGCCUCUACGCCGUGCACGAGGCGUCGGUGAACGUGUUCUGUGAGCUGCCACGGGGCAGCGGGUUCUGCCUGGGCCAGCUGCCGGCUGCCCACCGCAGCCGCGCCGUCCGGCGGGCGCGCGGCAAGAUCGGCCGGGGGCUGCUGCUGAGCCGGGAGCUGGGCGGCGUCUGGGCCUACAACCGCAGUGACCACCCCAUCUUCGUCAGUUCGCCCACCCUGGGCCCCCCUGGCACCCGCGGGCUUACCGUCCUCAAGGUGCUGCCAGGUUACUCUGCCAAGGUGUUCGACUAUGAGCGGGUGGGGGGGGUGGGAGGGGGGCGGCUCCCAGGGGAGGGGCCCUGCGACCUCCACAGUGUCCGCAUCAGCUUCGCCAAGGGCUGGGGACCCUGCUACUCCCGGCAGUUCAUCACCUCUUGCCCCUGCUGGCUCGAGGUCCUGCUCAACCGGCCAUGCUGAGGGUCUGGGGGUGCCAGGGAGGUACCAGGAAGCACCCCAAGGUGAGUGCAAGUUGGGCACAAGUUGGGGAGCCACUUCACUGCCACCCCAGCCUUCCAGGGUUGAGGCGCAGUGGGGUCAUCCUGGCCAAGGAGACCCUUGCUAGGACCUUCUGCCUCUGCCCUGUGGGGGGUCCAGUGCCUCCCAUGCCUGGCUCACCACCCGGCCAGCACCCACCGCCACCAGCCGUGGGUCUCUCUCUGAGGCAGGGCACUAUUUAAUCUCUUUAUAUCUUAUUUUAUUAUUUUAUUUUAAUGGUUAAAUUUAUUUUAAUUCAUCUUAUUUUUGUAAAAAAAGCAAAGCAGGAUGUAGGAGUCCUCUCCCAUACUAUAAGUGGCCAAGGCCAGGCCAGAGGGGGCAGCCAGGGCAGGGUGUGCAGGAGCCAGAGGAGGCCAGGGACCCGGGGAGGCAGAUCCCCAGGGCAGUGGAGGAGGCUGUGGGGUCAGGGGGGCAUAGCAGGUGUGGGGGGGGAACUGGAGGUUGCUGGGACAUGGGGGUGUGGUGUCAAGUGAGCACAACUGUAUCAGUGUGGGGCUGGUGAGCACAGGUGGAAUGUGGGGCAGGUGAACAAAGCUGGAUGGGUGAGGGGGCAGGUGAGCAGAGCUGGAUAGGAGAGGCAAGUGAGCACGGCUUGAUGGGUGUGGCACAGGUGAGCACAGCUGGACAAGUCUGGGGCAAGUUCUGGGCCAGGGACCUGCCCCCCCGGUGGGUGUGGGGCAGGGGACUCCCCCGGCUGCCUACUGCCCGGGGACCGAGGUGCUGAUCAGGAGCUGAACUCGGGGCUGGUCCAGGCCCCCCGUGGGCGCGCGCAGCCUUGGGGUUCCCGGGGUGCCCGGGUGCACCCCCUGUGUGUAACUCCAAUAAACGGUGCCCGUGGCCCCGGUG